CUUGUUUUCGCCACCAUCACCCAUGUAUUCUUCUUAUAAUGCCCAACAUAACUCUUCCUCUGGGUACUUUCAAGAUACCGGGCAGAAUAUGAACAACUAUUUACAAGCAAUAUCUGUUGCCGACCAUGAUGUCCUCUAUCAGGCCCGUAAUAUUGCAUACAUGUCACUUGAUAGAAAAUGCAUACAGCUUGAGGCUGAAUUAGCAGCGGAAAAGAGAUUGAAUGAACGAUUACUAUCUCAAAUUUCAAAUGCUCAAGUUCUGCCUGUAGCGAGCGUGAACACAUCCAGUGCGAACUCACAGGCUGUCAUCAGUUCCCUCGAAACACCUCCUUCGAUUCCCUUCUUUGAACAUGAUGAUCACCCCAAGGUGAUGUACUGGACGGAUACCCAGUGGAAGGCUCACUGUGAAACCCAGGCGAAUCGAGGCAUCAAAGUUCCGACUCUGGAUCUACUCACUGAUGGACAAGGAGUCAAGCUCAACACGCAGGCAUUGAAAUCUAUCUCCCAGACAUUCAUGGCAGCUAUGAAUCAAAUCCACCACCAUCGUCUUGCCCCUCCGAAUUCCACCAAUCUCGCUGUCGAAUCUAGGCGUUAUCUUACAAAUACUUUGCUCAGUGCUCAUGAAGAAUUCCGAUAUGCGGAAGAUGCCUGGAAAGUACGGCGUUACAUUAUUCACAAAUAUCCGGACUGGAAUGCAAAGGACAAGACAAGGCUGACUCGUGCAAAUCCAUCGAUUGACAACGCAAGUAAACGGAAGGGAUUUGAAAUUUCAAGGAUAGAACGGAGUAAGAAACGGAAGAAGACAGCGCCUCCACCAGGAACGACCUUUAUCAAUCUUGACAGUGAUGACUUGUCUUCGUCGUCUACCACUACCAUCAACGCAUCAAGCAACAGCUCGCCUCCACCCUCUACCACUACUGUCAACGCACCAAGCAACAGCUCGCCUCCACUGUCCACCACUACCAACACUCCGGAUGAGUGUCCACCUUCGUCGUCUUCCACUACUGUCAACGCACCAAGCAAUGGCUUGCCUCUGCCAUCUACCACUACCAACACUCCGGAUGAAUGUCCACUUUCAUCGUCUACCACUACCAUCAACGCACCAAGCAACGGCUCGCCUCCACUGUCUACCACUACAGUCAACACUUCCAUUAACGGCGCCGUUUCAGCUAUUUCCUCCCCAGUCACCGUAACUCCACAUGAGACAGCUGUUGUCUCCACGCAGAUUCAUUCUACUUUAACAGGAACCGGACUGAAUAUUCCAUCAACAAUCGCUCCUCUGCAUUCCGACCCGAGCUUGUCAACUCCCACGUCGGCGUCGGCACCUCCCAUGACUGGUAUACAACAGAAGUUGGCAUCAGUGUCAACAACAACGUUUAGCGCAAGGAACAUGUUUCUCGAAACGUACUUAGCGGAUCCAUCAAACCCACGUCUAUCCACCAAUGAAUUCAAGCUCCUGUGGGACAAGAAGAAGAACGAUAAGGAACUUGUUAAGAAAUACACAGACAUUGGAAAGCAACGCAAGGCGGCCAGCGGAACCCGUACCAAGGAACCGACGGAUGGUUAA